AUGCCGACGACCAUUCGCGUCAGUGGUCAAGCUCAGACCACGCACAAGGCUGAAUUGGCAACGCUGAAACUUCAAAUUCGAUACGAGCACGUCAGCAAGGAGGAGGUGAGCCAAGGUCUGCAUGGCUUGCUUACAUUGCGCCGCAUGGCUUGACUGACUCGUUCCGAGCUGCUGGUCUUGUCUCAGGCCAGCGCUCAAGUCAGAAGAACAGCUGCUCAGCUCUCCGCCAUUCUCUCCGAUCUGGCACCCAAGGAUCCGAAUGGCGCUAUUGCUCUCACCGCGCCCGUCGCGGCGUGGAGUAUGGAGAGCUUGACAGUCACGCUCCCUUGGUAUGGCAUCGACGAUGAUGAGGCAAAACGCAAGAAGCGCAAGUCUGUAGCUCAGGCUGCAGUGGAGGCCACCUUUCGGGACAUUGCCAAGGUGAGAGCGCUCCCGGUUUCAUGAAACAUUGCCGUUCUGAUGGGCACGCCGCUCAACGCUCACCGCGCUGCUCUCUCCCUGACACUGGACAGCUCUCAGACAUCAUCACGACAGUCUCUGCCAUUCCGCACGUCUCCUUGCAGAGGGUAGGAUGGAAGUUGAGAAAAGCUACGCGAGAUUCAUCGCAGAGCGAUCUGCGUCGACGAGCAGCUGGAAAUGCGAGGGUGAAAGCCGAGGAUUACGCCGCCGCGCUGGGCUGCACUGCUUCGCUGAAAUGCGUGGAGGUGAGCGACUUCAAUGCCAGCCCUGGGUGGGGAGCGGCGCGCACGUAUGGAGCGCCUAUGAUGGCAAGAGCAGCGGUUCCAGGCUCUCAGCCCCAGGCUCCAGAUAUUGAGCUCAAGCCGGAAGACAUCGAUGUCAGCAUCGAAGUGCAGACUGUAUGGGAAGCCGAAUAG